AUGGCAGACGACGCACUCUCCAUUUACGACGAGAUCGAAAUCGAAGACAUGACCUUCGACCCAGCAAUGCAAAUCUACCACUUCCCCUGCCCAUGCGGCGACCGCUUCGAAAUCGCAAUCGACGACCUACGCGACGGCGAAGAAAUCGCCGUAUGCCCGAGCUGCUCACUGAUGAUAAAAGUGAUUUUCGAACUGGCUGAUCUGCCCAAGGCGGAUGAGCAGACAUCUGGUGCUGUGGCUGUGCAGGCGUGA